AUGACGUGUCCGGCUGGUUUAUGGUUCAACAACAACUCAAAGCAAUGUGAUUAUAGACAGAACGUAGAAUGUGAGAGAAACACAGUCACAACCACAACGCCAUCAAUAAGCAUCUCUACCAACACACCAAGCACAGAACUAUCCACAAUUUCGUCUGAUUCAACCGAGACAACGUCAACCGAUGACAUCACAGAAGAGAGCACAGGAAGCAGCACUGGACAAUCCACAGUGCCGACAAAUAUAUGUUCAGGCUUGUCUGACGGCUCACUACUGCCCUUUACCCAGAACUGUUUCCAGUAUAUAGAGUGCCAGAGUGAAAAUAUUGUGUUGUGCAAAUGCCCCAACGAUUUGCUCUUUGAUCCAAAACUGUUAAUAUGUAGUGAUCCAGAGACGGUGCAAUGCCUAAGCGAAGACCCGACAACUACAGAAACAACAAUAAGCAGUUCUACUCCCGAUACUUCCAGUAUUUGCCAAGACAAAGAGCUUGGUUCAACAAUGCCAUAUGUGGAAGAUUGCCAAUGGUAUUAUUAUUGUUGGGGUGAUGGAUCCUUUUCGCUAUUUCCCUGUCCGCUAUAUAACUGGUAUAACCCCCAUACCGGCAGCUGUGGCUACGGGUCCCCUACAAUUUGUCAGGAAUCGACAACAACCAGUCAAACCAUUUCAACUACAACAACAAUACAAUCCACCACAACGGAUGAAGGGGAGCAAAAUCAGUGCGAGGACCAGCAGUUUGGAGUUACGUUUCCACUGCCAACCAAUUGCCAACAAUAUAUCCUUUGUAUGGGCGAUGGACAAUCCGCAGUUGUGAAUUGUAUUUACUAUUCGUGGUACGAUCCUCUGACGGGAGAAUGUGGCCAAAAUGUUUCGCCCACAGCCUGUUCCAUAACUCCAACCACAACAGCCGCACCAGAAAUAACAACUACCUUGAGUCCUGACCAGAUUUGCAAAAAUCAACUACUUGGAAAAACAUAUCCGUUGCCAAGCAAUUGCGAAAAGUAUAUUUUAUGCAUGGGUAAUGGAAUGUCUGCCAUUGCCAACUGCAUCUAUAAUUCCUGGUACGAUCCCAAAACUGGAGAGUGGUAUGGUAAAUACGAUGCUAAUGGAGCUAAUGCAGCUCUGCACUGCUCGGCAGGAUCGACCGGUGCAAAACCAGAUUCAAUAACGCCACCCACAUUGCCUGGAAUUAAUGGUAUGCCCGCUGUUGGUAUUAUGGCCGGCGAAAAUGGAUUCCAUGGUAAAGGCGCAAUCUCACAGCCCGCGUAUCAGACUCCGGCAAGAUUCCCCAAUCUCCAGCCCAUCCAGCAUACGAAGUGUGCCACUAGCAUUUACCAGCACAAUAGCAAUAGCCCUGUCGUCUUUGCUUAUCCAGGUGACUGCAAGAAGUAUUAUAGUUGCUUAAACGGAUUGGCCUAUACACUCGAAUGUCCAGAUGGCUUCUACUGGCAUGAAGCAGAACUACGUUGCGAACACCAGAAUCUAGUUGAUUGCACCAACUCCGCUGUUGUGUCUGUGAGCGACAUCGGUCAUGCCGCCUAUCCUGGCGAUUGCAAUCUUUACUAUGAAAUACGCACCUGGAAUUGUCCGCCAGGCUUCCAUUGGAACGCACAAGAGCAGAGUUGUGAUUCGGGACUCGAGGGAAAUUGUCAGACAUACGAGUACACGCAGAACGCAACUCCGCCGACCGUCGACGCAGGAAUCGAUUUGGAAUCGCUAUGUGCUGGCAACCAAGGACAGUUUUUGCCUUAUCCCAACGAUUGCAGACACUUUAUACAAUGCGAUUACAUACCGUUUGUGAAGACUUGCCCGCAGUAUUUGUACUGGAAUUCCAGGCUGCUUACAUGCGACAAAAUUUGUGUUUAG